AUUGAAGGUUUUGAAGGUUUUGAAGAAAAGAAAGAUUAUUUUUUUUAUAUAUUGCGUUUUUACGCGAUUCAACGACAUUAAUUUAACCAGAAAAAAUGUCGGAUUCAUUUAUGGAUAUUACCGGUGGUGAUAUACCAUCGGGACAAUUUUUUACCGAUCAACAAUCAUUAUCAUCAACAACAUUGGCUAAUGUUGCUGGCAGUGGUGGUGGUAAUUCUGGUGCUGCUCAAUCAACAUCGACGGCAACAUUAUUGGAUGUAUCAAUAUUGGUUGCAUAUUUACGUCGUAUGAUACCGGCUUUUAUGGAAGAAGAUGGUUGUUUAACCGAAUCAUUACGACAAUUAUUGCUGCAAGAAUCGACAUUGGAACAAUUGAAAAAAUUUAUUCAAGAACCACAAACACGUUCCAUUGUUGUACAGCGACAAAUUCUUAAAGAUGAUGAUGAAGAUGAAACAACCGGUGCUAGUGGUGGUGGCGGUAAUAGUGUUACACCAUCAUCAAUUAUCGGUCCAAACACCAACGAUGAUAAUGUUCAAUAUACAAUCGAAUUAGAAGUAAAAUAUCAUAAUCCAAAAAUAAAUUCAUUAGUUUUGAUAAAAAAUGGUCCAAUAUUGGAAGCUGAUAAAUCAUUAUUAUCACAAUUACGUUUUAUGAAUUUAGCUGAUUCAUUACCAUAUGAAACAUUACAUUCAUAUGUAUCGGCUGCUGUUGGACCUUAUUUUAAAUCGUUUGUCAAAGAAACUGGUCGUGCUGAAAGAGAUGGUGAUAAAAUGGCACCAAAUGUUGAGAAAAAAAUUGCCGAAUUAGAAAUGGGCCUAUUACAUUUACAACAAAAUAUUGAUAUACCUGAGAUUAGUUUACAAAUACAUCCAUAUGUACAACAGGUUAUAAAUAAAUGUCGUGAUGAAGGCCAAAAGAUAACAAUGGAACAUUUUGGUGAUAAAGUUAAUGAUUCAGUUUUCCUAAAUCAAUUGCAAGCUGGUGUUAAUCGUUGGAUACGUGAAAUACAAAAAGUAACAAAUUUGGAUCGUGAUCCAAGCAGUGGAACGGCUAUGCAAGAAAUAAGUUUUUGGUUGAAUUUAGAACGAGCCCUAUUGCGAAUCCAAGAGAAACGUGAAAGUAUUGAAGUGAUUACAACGUUGGAAAUACUAAAAAAUGGUAAACGUUUUCAUGCAACCGUAUCGUUUGAUGCUGAUACUCGAUUGAAAGAAGCAUUGGCUACCGUAGCGGAUUAUAAUCCUUUAAUGAAAGAUUUCCCCUUGAAUGACCUGUUGGCUGCAACUGAUUUACAAAAAAUUCGUAUCGCUUUGCAAGUUCUGUUUCAACAUUUACGUAAAAUUCGUAAUACAAAAUAUCCAAUGAAACGUGCAUUGAAAUUAAUGGAAGCAAUAUCACGUGAUUUGAUGACACAAAUGCUUAAAGUUCUCGGUACCCGACGUAUGAUGCAUAUCCCUUAUGAAGAAUUUGAUAAAAUUAUUCAACAAUGUUUUGAAGUAUUUCAAGCAUGGGAUGAUGAAUAUGAAAAAUUUCAAACAUUAUUACGAGAUAUUGUUAAAAAGAAACGUGAUGAACAUUUGAAAAUGAUAUGGCGUAUAAGUUUUGCACAUAAAAAAUUACAAAUACGUAUGGAACAGAUGCGUAAAUUUCGUCGUCAACAUGAACAAUUACGUGCUGUUAUUAUACGUGUUUUACGUCCAUCAAUAACAUCGACGAUGAUUAAGACAAAAGAUGGUACAGAAACAAUGGAAAAUGAUUCGGAAAAAGCAUCAUCGGGUUUUGAUUCAACAUUAUCGACUAAUACAUCAUCGAUUAUGACAACAGCAGAUAUAAAUGAAAUUGAAGAAGUUAAUAUUGCAUAUGAAUUGGUAAAAGAAGUUGAUGCAUUAGAUAUGAGUAAAGAAGGUAAUGAUUGUUGGGAAGCAUCUCUAAAACGUUAUGAAGAACGUAUUGAUCGUGUUGAAGCACGAAUAACAGCAAAAUUACGUGAUCAAUUAGGAAUGGCAAAAAAUGCAAAUGAAAUGUUUCGUAUUUUCUCAAGAUUUAAUGCACUGUUUGUACGACCACAUAUAAGUGGUGCAAUACGUGAAUAUCAAACCCAAUUGAUUCAACGUGUAAAAGAUGAUAUUGAAACAUUACAUGAAAAAUUUAAAGUACAAUAUCCACAGAACAAGGCAUGUAAAAUGUCACGUGUUUAUGAUCUGCCAUUAGUAUCUGGUUCGAUAAUAUGGGCACGACAAAUUGAAAGAAAAUUAUCUGUUUAUAUGAAACGUGUUGAAGAUGUUCUCGGUAAAGGUUGGGAAAGUCAUAUUGAAGGACAAAAAUUGAAAAAUGAUGCUGAAAGUUUUCGAAUGAAGCUAAAUACACAAUCCAUUUUUGAUGAAUGGUGUCGUAAUAUACAACAAAAACAAUUAAAUGUUAGCGGUAGAAUUUUUACUAUUGAAUCAACCCGGACACAACAACGUUCUGCAUUUCGUUUACGGGUAAAUUUCCUUCCAGAUAUUAUCACUUUGGCAAAAGAAGUACGUAAUCUACGUAGUCUUGGAUUUCGUGUCCCCCUAGGUAUUGUGAAUAAAGCACAUCAAGCUAAUCAACAUUUUCCAUUUGCCGUAUCAUUAAUCGAAACAGUAAAAUCAUAUGAACGUACAUGUGAAAAAGUUGAACAAAAACCAUCACUGGCAUUAUUGGUUGCUGGAUUAAAAUCUGAAGUUCAAGAUUUAAUAUCGGAAGGUGCAUCAAUGGUAUGGGAAUCAUAUAAACGUGAUUCAUAUGUACAGAAAUUGGGUGAAACUGUAUUGAAUUUUCAAGAAAAAGUUGAUGAAUUAUUAGAUAUUGUUGAACAAAUUGAUAUGGAAUUACGUUCAAUCGAUGAUUGUACAUAUUCAUCAUUUACAUUUAUUGAAAUUUUAAAUAAAAUACAAAAAGCAGUGGAUGAUUUAUCAUUACAUCGAUAUUCAAAUCUAACGGAAUGGGUUUCCCGAUUGGAUAAACAAGUUGAACAGAAAUUAGCAUUACGUUUACAAGCUGGCAUUAAAGCAUGGACACGUGCAUUAGAAGGUGGUAAUGAUAAUCGUGGUGGUAAUGAUGGUAAUCGUAAAGAUAAUAGUGGUAAAGAUGGUGAUACCAUGACCGAUACUGAUUCACCUGGAGCAGCUAAUGAUGGUAUCGUUGGCGGCGGCGGCGGUAAUCCACAGAUACAAAUAUUGAUACAUGAAAUACGAAUCACUAAUCAGGUGAUGUAUGUUAGUCCAUCGAUUGAAGAAGCACGAUUUAAUUUACUGCAAGAACUGUUUGCAUGGCAAAAUGUUAUUUUAACAUUGAAUCGUAUUGAAUCAAGUCGGUAUCAAGUUGGUUUAGAUCGUCCUCAUCAACGACAAUAUCGUGAUUUAUUAAAUAAAAUGCCUGAAGAUAAUGGACCGAAAAUAUUGAAUCAAGCAUAUGAAAUAAUUGAAAUGAAAAUAAAUCAAAUGCGUGAUUAUAUACAACAAUGGUUAACAUAUCAAUCGCUUUGGGAUCUGCAAUCCGAUAUGCUUUAUACAAAAUUAGGUGAUGAUAUAACUCGAUGGAUGAAUACAUUGGUAGAGAUAAAAAAAUCUCGUACAACUUUCGAUACAGCUGAUACGCGUAAAGAAAUUGGACCGAUUGUUGUGGAUUAUGCAAAAGUUCAAUCAAAAGUUACGCUAAAAUAUGAUUCAUGGCAUAAAGAAGUUUUAAGUAAAUUUGGUUCAUUACUUGGUCAGGAAAUGUCUUCGCUACAUUCAAUUAUAUCAACAAGUCGUACAGAAUUGGAAAAACAAUCUAUCGAUACAGCUAAUACAAAAGAUGCUGUUACGUUCAUUACCUAUGUACAAUCAUUGAAAUCAAAAAUUCUUCAAUGGGGAAAACAAGUUGAAAUUUAUAAAGAAGGCCAGCGAAUACUGGAAAGACAACGUUUUCAAUUUCCAAAUAAUUGGUUACAUGUUGAUAAUAUUGAAGGUGAAUGGUCUGCUUUCCAGGAAAUAAUGAAACGUAAAGAUCAAUCCAUACAACAACAGGUAACAUCAUUACAAGUGAAAAUUGUUGCUGAAGAUAAAUUAGUUGAAGCAAGAACAGUAGAAUUUUUAACGGAAUGGGAACGUGGAAAACCCGUACAAGGUUCAAUAAAUCCAAAAGAAGCUAUAAAUCGUUUGACAAUUUUCGAAACAAAAUUUAAUCAUUUACAAGAAGAUCGUGAUAAUAUAAUGCGUGCAAAAGAAGCAUUAGAAUUAUUAGAACCACCUGGAUUAUCAGCACAAAGUCCAAAUGAUCAAAAAUUACAAGUAUCAUUGGAAGAAUUACAAGAUUUGAAAUUUGUAUGGACAGAAUUGGCAAAAAUAUGGGAACAAAUUGAUAGUUUGAAAGAAAUGCCAUGGUUAUCAGUACAACCAAGAAAACUUCGACAACAAUUAGAUGGUCUAUUAGGACAAUUAAAAGAAAUGCCAGCACGUUUACGACAAUAUGCAUCAUAUGAUUUUGUAAAACGUGUUGUACAAUCAUAUACAAAAUCAAAUGUUUUGAUUGUAGAAUUAAAAUCCGACGCUUUGAAAGAACGUCAUUGGCGUCAUUUAUGUAAACAAUUACGUGUACAAUGGAUUCUUUCGGAAUUAACAUUAGGACAAGUAUGGGAUAUUGAUCUGCAAAAAAAUGAAACAAUUGUUAAAGAUAUUAUACAGAUUGCACAAGGUGAAAUGGCAUUAGAAGAAUUUCUUAAACAAGUUCGUGAAUUUUGGCAAACAUAUCAGCUGGAAUUGAUAAAUUAUCAGAAUAAAUGUCGUAUAAUACGUGGUUGGGAUGAUUUAUUCACAAAGGUUAAAGAACAUAUAAAUUCCAUUUCGGCAAUGAAAUUAUCACCAUAUUAUAAAGAAUUUGAAGAAGAUUCACUAUCGUGGGAAGAAAAAUUGAAUCGUAUUAAUUCAAUAUUUGAUGUUUGGAUUGAUGUACAACGUCGUUGGGUUUAUUUGGAAGGAAUUUUUAGUGGUAGUUCAGAUAUCCAAGCAUUGUUACCAGUUGAAACAUCAAGAUUUCAAUCAAUAAGUUCAGAAUUUCUACAAUUAAUGAAAAAAGUAUCGAAAAAUCCAAUGAUUAUUGAUGUUAUGAAUAUAGCUGGUGUACAACGUUCAUUAGAACGUUUAUCUGAUUUGUUGGGUAAAAUCCAGAAAGCAUUGGGUGAAUAUUUAGAACGUGAACGUUCAUCAUUUCCACGUUUUUAUUUUGUUGGUGAUGAAGAUCUAUUAGAAAUUAUUGGUAAUUCAAAAAAUAUAUUACGUUUACAAAAACAUUUUAAAAAAAUGUUUGCCGGUAUUGCAUCGAUCAUACUGAAUGAUGAUCAAACACAUGUUCUUGGUCUUUGUUCAAAAGAAGGUGAAGAAGUACGAUUUUUUAAUCCAAUAUCCAUUGUGGAUAAUCCAAAAAUUAAUAAAUGGUUAUCGCUGUUGGAACAAGAAAUGCGUUUUACAUUGGGUAAAUUGCUUGCACAAGCUGUUGCUGAUCAAGUUCUGUUUCGUAUCGGUGCAACUGAAGAUUCAACAACGAAAAAAAUUGAAAUGAAUCAAUUUAUUGAAUGGUUGGAUCGCUACCAAGCUCAGAUUGUCGUUCUGGCUGUACAAAUAUCAUGGUCAGAAUCAAUUGAAUCUGCAUUAACCCUUCAACAGCAACAACAGCCAAAUUUGGAACCAAUUUUACAAUCUGUUGAAUUAACAUUACAAAUAUUGGCCGAUUCAGUAUUGCAAGAACAACCACCAUUACGUAGAAAAAAAUUAGAACAUUUAAUUACUGAAUUUGUUCAUAAACGUGAUGUAACCCGACAGUUGAUUCGUAAACAAAUUCAAUCAAAUAAAUCAUUUGAUUGGUUAUCACAAAUGCGUUUUUAUUUUGAUCCAAAACAAUCGGAUAUCCUCCGGCAAUUAACCAUUCAUAUGGCAAAUGCAAAAUUCUAUUAUGGUUUUGAAUAUUUGGGCGUACAGGAAAAAUUGGUUCAAACACCAUUAACUGAUCGUUGUUAUUUAACAAUGACUCAAGCAUUAGAAGCACGUCUUGGUGGUUCACCAUUUGGACCGGCUGGUACGGGAAAAACUGAAUCGGUUAAAGCGCUUGGAAAUCAAUUGGGAAGAUUUGUCCUUGUAUUUAAUUGUGAUGAAACAUUUGAUUUUCAAGCAAUGGGUAGAAUAUUUGUCGGACUUUGCCAAGUUGGUGCUUGGGGUUGUUUUGAUGAAUUUAACCGUUUGGAAGAACGAAUGCUAUCGGCUGUUUCACAACAGAUUCAACAAAUUCAAGAAACAUUGAAAAAUAAUUCAACAUCAACAACGAAAUCUGAUUUGGUUGUUGAAUUGAUUGGAAAACAAGUGAAAAUCAAUGCAGAUAUGGCAAUAUUCAUAACAAUGAAUCCUGGUUAUGCUGGCCGUUCAAAUUUACCGGAUAAUUUGAAAAAAUUAUUCCGAUCGCUUGCGAUGAAUCAACCAGAUCGACAAUUAAUCGCACAGGUUAUGCUUUUUUCACAAGGUUUUCGUAUGGCCGAGAAAUUAGCAACGAAAAUUGUACCAUUUUUUAAACUUUGUGAUGAACAAUUAUCCAAUCAACCACAUUAUGAUUUUGGUUUGCGGGCAUUGAAAUCCGUACUGGUUUCAGCCGGUAAUAUUAAACGUGAUCGUAUACAACGUAUACGACAAUCUGAUCCAUCGGUUGUUGAUGAAUCCCGUAUUGCUGAACAAUUACCGGAACAAGAAAUUCUAAUACAAUCUAUAUGCGAAACAAUGGUACCGAAAUUGAUUGCUGAAGAUAUUCCAUUGUUGUUUUCAUUAUUGUCAGAUGUUUUCCCCGGUAUUAAAUAUACCCGAGCUGAAAUGCGAAAAUUACGUGAAGAAAUUCGUAAUGUUUGUCAAGAAAUGUAUUUGGUUUGUGGUGAUGGUGAUGAUCAUUCGGUUGAUGAUCAGCAACAACAACAUGAUGAUUCAUCAUCAGAUGGACAAAAUCAACAAGAUGAAUGUUCUUGGUUGGGUAAAGUGCUACAAUUAUAUCAAAUAUCACAAUUAAAUCAUGGUUUAAUGAUGGUUGGACCAUCUGGUAGUGGUAAAUCAACAGCAUGGAAAGUUUUACUUCGUGCACUGGAACGUUUUGAUGGUCAAGAAGGACAAGCACAUGUUAUAAAUCCAAAAGCAAUUUCGAAAGAAUUACUUUAUGGUCAGCUAGAUCCAAAUACACGUGAAUGGACUGAUGGUCUUUUCACUCAUAUCCUUCGAAAAAUUAUUGAUAAUGUACGUGGUGAAAUUAAUAAACGACAAUGGAUUAUUUUCGAUGGUGAUGUUGAUCCUGAAUGGGUUGAAAAUUUAAAUUCAGUGCUGGAUGAUAAUAAACUAUUAACAUUACCAAAUGGUGAACGUCUGAGUAUACCACCAAAUGUAAGAAUAAUGUUUGAAGUACAGGAUUUAAAAUAUGCAACAUUAGCAACUGUAUCACGUUGUGGUAUGAUUUGGUUUUCCGAAGAUGUUCUAACAACGGAAAUGAUUUUUGAAAAUUUUUUCCGUCGUUUACGUAAUAUACCGUUGGAAGAUUUAGAUGAUGAAUUAUCAUUGACAACAGCAAGCUAUAUGACUACGGUAAAAUCAACAACGGUAACCAAACCUGAACAAAAACAAGAGGAUAUCGUUAUCAGUGAUUCAUUACAAAUACAAAGAAAUUUUGUACAAAUUUUACAAAAUUAUUUUCAACCUGAUGGUUUGGUAAAACGAUCGCUAGAAUUUGCUUCGAAACAAGAACAUAUAAUGGAUUUUACUCGGUUGCGAGCACUAAGUUCAUUAUUUUCUUUAUUGAAUCAAUGUUGUCGAAACAUAUUAUUGUAUAAUCAAAAUCAUCCUGAUUUUCAAAUAUCAUCGGAAAUUUUGGAAAAAUAUGUACCAUGUUCAUUAGUUUAUUCAAUAUUAUGGUCAUUUGCAGGUGAUGGUAAAUUAAAAAUCCGACAAGAUCUUGGGGAAUUUAUUCGUAGUAUAACAACAAUACCAUUACCACCAACAUCAUCAACAAAUUCAUUGAUUGAUUAUGAAAUAACAUUGACUGGUGAAUGGUCAUUAUGGCAGAAUAAAGUACCACAAAUUGAAAUUGAUACACAUAAAGUUGCAACACCUGAUUUGGUUGUACCAACAGUUGAUACUGUACGACAUGAAUUAUUAUUGAAUACAUGGUUGGCUGAACAUAAACCUUUGGUUCUUUGUGGUCCACCUGGAUCGGGUAAAACAAUGACAUUAUUUAAUUCAUUACGUUCACUGCCGGAUAUGGAAGUUGUUGGUUUAAAUUUCUCAUCGGCUACUACACCGGAAUUAUUGCUAAAAACAUUUGAUCAUUAUUGUGAAUGUCGUAAAACACCAAAUGGUUUAGUUAUGUCACCAAUACAGAUUGGAAAAUGGCUGAUUUUGUUUUGUGAUGAAAUUAAUUUACCACAAGUUGAUAAAUAUGGUACGAUAAGGGUUAUAUCAUUUCUUCGGCAAUUAGUUGAAUAUGGUGGAUUUUAUCGUCAACAAGAUCAUUCUUGGGUACGUUUGGAACGUAUACAAUUUGUUGGUGCUUGUAAUCCACCAACCGAUCCGGGUAGAAAACCAUUAUCACAUCGUUUCUUACGUCAUGUACCGAUUAUUUAUGUUGAUUAUCCUGGUGAACAAUCAUUAAAACAAAUUUAUGGUACAUUUAAUCGUGCAAUGUUGAAAUUAAUGCCAAAUUUACGAACAUAUUCUGAACCAUUAACAUCGGCUAUGGUUGAAUUUUAUUUAAUGUCACAAGAACAUUUUACACAAGAUAUGCAACCACAUUAUAUUUAUUCACCAAGAGAAUUAACACGUUGGGUACGUGGUAUUUUUGAAGCAAUUCGUCCAUUAGAUUCAUUAACGGUUGAAGGUCUGGUUCGUCUUUGGACACAUGAAGGUCUUCGAUUGUUCCAGGAUCGUCUGGUUGAAGAUUAUGAACGACAAUGGACUGAUGAACAUAUUGAUAUGAUUGCAUUGAAACAUUUUCCAAAUAUUGAUCGUCAUCAGGCAUUGAAUCGUCCAAUACUGUAUAGUAAUUGGCUAUCAAAAGAUUAUCUACCUGUUGAUCGUGAACAUUUACGUGAAUUUGUAAAAGCUCGAUUGAAAGUAUUUUAUGAAGAAGAAUUAGAUGUCCAGUUGGUUUUAUUUAAUGAAGUUCUCGAUCAUGUCCUACGUAUUGAUCGUAUUUUCCGACAACCACAAGGACAUUUACUUUUAAUCGGUGUUUCUGGAGCUGGUAAAACAACAUUAUCACGUUUUGUUGCAUGGAUGAAUGGCUUGAGUAUUUUUCAGAUUAAAGUUCAUAAUAAAUAUUCUGGUGCUGAUUUUGAUGAAGAUUUACGUUCAGUAUUACGUCGUUCUGGUUGUAAAAAUGAAAAAAUUUGUUUCAUAUUGGAUGAAUCGAAUGUAUUGGAUUCUGGAUUCCUUGAACGUAUGAAUACGCUAUUGGCUAAUGGUGAAGUACCUGGUCUAUUUGAAGGUGAUGAAUAUACUACAUUAAUAACACAGAUUAAAGAUGCAAGUCAACGUGAAGGUCUGAUGUUGGAUUCAAAUGAAGAAUUAUAUAAAUGGUUUACACAACAAGUAAUAAAAAACUUGCAUGUUGUUUUCACAAUGAAUCCAUCAAGUGAAGGUUUAAAAGAUCGUGCUGCAACAUCACCCGCACUGUUUAAUCGUUGUGUACUGAAUUGGUUUGGUGAUUGGACACCAGAAGCACAAUUUCAAGUUGGUCAAGAAUUUACAUCAAAAUUAGAUCUGGAAAAUGUACGUUAUCAACCACCGGAAAUAUUUCCAGCAGCAUUUAGGAAUUCAUUCCCACAGCAACCAAGACAUCGUGAUGCAAUUAUAAAUUCAUUUGUUUUUAUUCAUCAAACAUUACAUUAUGCAAAUGAACGUCUUUUACGUCGUGGUGGUCGUAUAUCAACCAUUACACCACGUCAUUAUUUAGAUUUGAUUAAUCAUUUUGUAAAAUUAUUUUAUGAAAAAUGUUCCGAAUUAGAAGAUGAACAACUACAUUUGAAUGUAGGCCUUACGAAAAUUCGUGAAACAGUUGAACAAGUUGAAGAAUUACAAAAAUCAUUAGCAUCCAAAUCAAAUGAUUUGGAGCAAAAAAAUCAAGCGGCUAAUGCAAAACUUAAAGAAAUGUUAAAAGACCAGCAAGAAGCUGAAAGAGAAAAAGUUAAAUCACAAGAAUUACAAUUAAUGUUGAAGAAACAAGAAACGGAAAUUGGAGAAAAAACAGCUGCUGUUAUGGCCGAUUUAGCACAAGUAAAACCUGCGGUUGAAGAAGCGCGACAAGGAGUAAAAUCAAUCAAACGACAACAUUUGGUCGAAAUACGUACAAUGUCAAAUCCACCGGCUAUAAUUAAAAAUGUUCUCGAAUCAAUUUGUUUAUUGUUGGGUGAAUCAACAAAUGAUUGGAAAAUUUUACGUGGAAUUAUAAUCAAAGAAAAUUUCAUACCAAAUAUAAUUAGCUUUUCGGCUGAAGAUAUUACUGAAGAUAUUCGUCAAAAAAUGAUUACAAAAUAUCUACAAAAUCCGGAUUAUAAUUUUGAAAAAAUUAAACAUGCAUCAUUAGCAUGUGAACCAUUAGUAAAAUGGGCAAUUGCACAGGUUAAUUAUGCUGAUAUGUUGAAAAAAAUUGAACCAUUACGUAAUGAAUUGAAAAAUCUGGAAUCCGAAGCUGAUGUAAAUAAAGCUAAAGCUGCUGAAACCGAUAGGAUUGUUGGUCAAUUAGAACGUUCAAUUGCAUCGUAUAAAGAAGAAUAUGCAAAUUUGGUAUCACAAGCCCAAGCUAUCAAAUCAGAUUUAGCUAAUGUUCAAUCAAAAGUUGAUCGUUCAAUUGCCCUAUUGAAAAGUCUAAGUAAUGAACGUGAACGUUGGGAACAUUCAUCCGAAACGUUUAAAAAUCAAAUGCAAACAAUUGCCGGUGAUUGUAUACUUUCGGCAGCAUUUUUAGCUUAUGCCGGUUAUUUUGAUCAACAAUAUCGACAAUCAUUAUUUAAUUCAUGGUGUACACAUUUGAAUCAGGCUAAAAUUCAAUAUCGUUCGGAUUUGGCUUUGACAGAAUAUCUAUCUACAGCAGAUGAACGUUUACGUUGGCAAGCAAAUUCCUUACCAUCGGAUGAUUUAUGUGUUGAAAAUGCAAUAAUGUUGAAACGUUUUAAUCGUUUCCCAUUGAUUAUUGAUCCAUCUGGUCAGGCUACACGUUUUCUACUUUCGGAAUUCGAUCAAAAACGUAUUACGAAAACAAGCUUUUUGGAUGAUUCUUUCCGUAAGAAUCUGGAAUCAGCUCUUCGAUUUGGUAAUCCACUACUUGUUCAAGAUGUUGAAAAUUAUGAUCCAAUUUUGAAUCCAGUUUUGAAUCGUGAAGUAAGAAAAACUGGUGGUCGUGUUUUAAUCACCUUGGGUGAUCAAGAUAUUGAUCUUUCACCAUCAUUUUGUAUAUUCCUUUCGACACGUGAUCCAACUGUUGAAUUUCCACCAGAUAUAUGUUCACGUGUAACAUUUGUAAAUUUUACUGUAACACGUUCAAGUUUACAAGCACAAUGUUUAAAUCAAGUUUUACGUUGUGAACGUCCGGAUAUUGAUGAAAAACGUUCAGAUUUACUUAAAUUACAAGGUGAAUUUCAUGUUAAACUUCGACGUUUGGAAAAAUCUUUGCUACAAGCAUUGAAUGAUGUUAAAGGUAGAAUAUUAGAUGAUGAUUCUAUUAUAUCAACAUUGGAAAAAUUAAAACAUGAAGCUGGUGAAAUAUCGAAAAAAGUUGAAGAAACUGAUAAAGUUAUUGCUGAAGUUGAUUCCGUAUCACAACAAUAUAACCCUUUGGCACAAGCUUGUAGUUCAAUUUAUUUCACUCUGGAAGGAUUAAAUCAAGUUCAUUUUCUUUAUCAAUAUUCAUUGCAAUUCUUUUUGGAUAUUUUUAAUGAUGUUUUGGCUAAUAGUAAUGGACAACAACAACAACAAAUAUCUGAUUAUAAUCAACGUUUGGGUAAUAUAACGAAAAAAUUAUUUGAAGUUGUUUAUGUUCGUGUAACACGUGGUAUGUUACAUCAAGAUUGGUUAGUGUUUGCAUUAUUAUUAUGUAAAAUUUAUAUUCGUGGUUUUACAAAUGAACGUAAUUUUGAAAAUGAAUUUGAUCAUCUGAUGCGUGGUCUUGAAGGAAUAUUACCCGGACAACCAUUAAUCAAUUUACCAUCAAUACAAUCAUCAGAUGAUCGUUUAGAAUCAGCAACAGCAUUAUCUAAAUUACGUACAUUUCGUAAUCUACAGAAAAAUAUUGAACAUUGUGCCAGUGAAUUUAAUGAAUGGUUACAUGAUAGUAGUACACCUGAAGAUAAUGUACCAAUUAUAUGGGAUGAUGAUAAAAAUCUAUCGGAUAUUGGUCGUGUUAUGCAUCAACUAUUAGUUAUACAUACAUUUCGUCCAGAUAGAGUUAUAUCGAUUGUUAAUCGUGUUGUAGCCGUUAUAUUUGGUGAAAAUUUUUCACAUUUUGCUGAAAAUGAAUAUGAUUUAGGUGCUGCAGUGGAAAAAUUGAUUAAAGCAAGUACACCGAUUUUAAUGUGUUCAGUACCGGGUUAUGAUGCAAGUGGUCGUGUUGAUGAUUUAGCCGCCGAACUUAAUCGACCGAUAACAUCAAUAGCUAUUGGUUCGGCUGAAGGAUUCUCACAAGCGGAAAAAGCUAUAAAUUCUGCUUCGAAAUCUGGUAAAUGGGUUAUGCUUAAAAAUGUUCAUCUUGCACCACAAUGGCUGAUACAAUUGGAAAAAAAGUUGCAUGCAUUACAAUCAAAUCCAUCGUUUCGUUUGUUUUUAACGCUGGAAAUUCAUCCAAAAAUUCCGGUAAAUCUACUUCGUGCCGGUCGAAUAUUCGUUUUUGAACCACCACCAGGUAUACGUGCCAAUCUUUUACGAACAUUUUCCACUAUUCCAGCAUCAAGAAUGAUGAAAGCACCAAAUGAACGUUCACGGCUUUAUUUCCUUGUUUCAUGGUUUCAUGCAAUCGUUCAGGAACGACUUCGAUAUUGCCCACUGGGUUGGUCAAAACGUUAUGAAUUUAAUGAAUCUGAUUUAAAAGUAUCAUUCGAUACAUUGGAUACAUGGAUUGAUACCGUAUCGAUGGGCCGAACAAAUUUACCACCAGAAAAAGUACCAUUCGAUGCUAUACGAACAUUAUUUGGUCAAUGUAUUUAUGGUGGAAAAAUUGAUAAUGAUUUUGAUCAACGUUUAUUGACAACUUUUCUACAAAAAUUAUUUACACCAAAAAGUUUUGAAUCAGAAUUUAUACUUGCACGUGAACAAGAUAAUGAUCAACAUUCAUCAUCAAUGAAUAAUAUUACUAUACCCGAAGGAAUUAUUCGACGUGAUGAAUUCUUGAAUUGGGUUGAAUCAUUAUCUGAUCGUCAAACACCAUCAUGGUUAGGUCUGCCUAACAAAGCUGAAUUAGUGCUGCUUACAAAUCAUGGUGUAGAUUUGAUUGCCAAGUUGCUUAAAUUACAAUUACUUGAAGAUGAUGAUGAUAUUGUUGUUAUUGGUUUGGAUGGUAUUGAUUCAAAUGCUGGUGGUGGUGGUGGUGGUAAACAAAUCAAUGAAGAUGGUCGUCCAGCAUGGAUGCGAACAUUAUUAAAUUCGGCAACAAAUUGGUUAAAAUUAAUACCAAAUCAAUUAGCAUCAAUGAAACGUACAUCAGAUAAUAUAAAAGAACCAUUAUAUCGUUAUUUUGAACGUGAAGUUAAUAAUGCUGGUAAAUUAUUAUCCGUUGUAAGACAUGAUCUGUUGGAUGUUAUUGCUAUUUGUCGUGCAGAGAAAAAACAAACAAAUUAUCAUCGUGAAAUAACUGAAUAUCUGGCAAAAGGUAUGAUACCAAAUCAUUGGAAACGUUAUCGUACACCCGAAUCAUUUACAAUUAUUCAAUGGAUUACGGAUUUUGCUGAUCGUAUUAAACAAAUGCAACAAAUUCAAUCAUCAUCAAUUUCAAAUCUAAAGAAUCUUAAUAUCUGGCUAGGUGGAUUAUUUGUACCUGAAGCUUAUAUAACAGCAACACGACAAUUUGUUGCACAAGCUAAUGGUUGGUCAUUGGAAGAAUUAAUGCUGCAGAUACAGAUUUCGGAUUCGGAUACAUUAAGUGAUAAAUCAUCAUUCGGUAUUGUUGGUCUUAAAUUACAAGGUGCUGAAGUUAGACAAAAUAAACUUUAUGUAACAAAUAAAAUUUUAUCACCAUUACAAUUAACAUCAUUCAAAUGGAUUCGUUCGGUUGAUUCGGAAAUGAAUAAAAAUCAAGCGAAUAAGGUUACGUUACCAGUUUAUCUAAAUUCAACACGUUCAGAAUUAUUAUUCUCGGUCGAUCUGGAAUUGGGUGAUAAACAAGAAGAAUAUAUGUUUUAUGAACGAGGUGUUGCAUUCAUUUGUUCAAGUCAGAUUUAGAUUUUUUUUUACUUUUAUAACAAAAA